GGAGGAAGAUGCAUCUGCGACGCAACGGCCAGUCGCUGCCCUCGGCCGAGCCAGAGAGUGUGAAAAGGCAUGGAAGUGGCAAUGAAACAUCAGCCGCCGCCUCCUCCGCUGCCCUUAACGCAGCCCCCCUCGCUGAGUGGUGGUGGCGGUGGCAGUGGAAAGGUUGCUGGAAGUGGAAGCAGCAGCAGCAGCAGCAGCAUGGUGGCCAAUGCCAUUAGCAGCCUCAAUGGCAACGCCAACAGUGCCAACAGCAGCCAACCAACAAACAACAAUCACAACAACAACAUCAUUAGCAGCAGUCGCGGCAGCAGCUUCGAGGCAGCAAAAUGUCGUCCACCCCUCUACCCGAAACCCAAGACGCCUUCGUUUGACAAGGACCGUGACUACAUUGGUUUCGCCACGUUGCCGGAGCAGGUGCACCGGAAGUCGGUGAAACGUGGCUUUGAGUUCACGCUGAUGGUGGUCGGGGAGUCCGGCCUGGGCAAGUCGACGCUUAUCAAUAGCCUGUUCCUGGGCGAUCUAUACAAGAACCGCCAGAUGCCCAAUGUGGAGGAGCGCAUCGAGAAGACGACACGCGUCGAGAAGAAGACGAUGGACAUUGAGGAGCGGGGCGUCCGGCUGCGCCUCACAGUGGUGGACACGCCCGGUUUCGGGGAUGCCAUCAAUUGCGAGGACAGCUGGCGGGUGUGCACCUCGUACAUCGAUGAGCAGUUCCGUCAGUACUUUACCGACGAGAGCGGACUGAAUCGGCGCAACAUACAGGACAAUCGGGUGCACUGUUGCCUCUACUUUGUUCCGCCCUGGGGGCACAGCCUGCGACAGAUGGAUCUGGAUCUGAUCAGGCGAUUGCAUCGCAAGGUGAACAUUGUGCUGGUGAUUGGCAAGGCGGACUGCCUGAACAAGCAGGAGGUGCGCAAGCUCAAGGAGCGCAUACUGCAGGACCUCGAGGACAAUCACAUACAGCUGUACCAGUUCCCCGAAUGCGACUCCGAUGAGGACGAUGACUUCAAGCAGCAGGACCGCGAGCUAAAGGCCUCCAUACCGUUCGCUGUUGUCGGUAGCAACACAAUUCUGGAGGUAGCCGGCAAGAAGGUGCGCGGCCGCCAGUAUCCAUGGGGUGUGGUCAAUGUGGAGGAUCCGGAGCACAGUGACUUCAUUAAGCUGCGCACCUUCUUGAUAUCCACGCACAUGCAGGACCUAAAAGACACCACACAGGAUGUGCACUAUGAGAACUUCAGGGCGCAGUGCAUCUCACAGAUUUCGCAGCAUGCGCUGCGGGAGCGCGGCAAGUUGAAGCGCGACUCGAUCAGCUCGACGAACGGCUUCGAUGCGGCCAUUUCGGAAACGGACCGGCUGCUGCUGCAAAAGGAUGAGGAGAUCAGACGCAUGCAGGACAUGCUUACGCAGAUGCAGGAGAAGCUCAAGCAGACGCAUCUCAUGGAGAUGAAGAAGAACGACAGCGUGAUCGAUGUCUAGGCGGAACGAGAACGAGGGAACGAGUUAACGAGAGAGAGUUAGGAAUCGAGCAGGGGACGUGUGUUCGAGCGUGUUCAAUUUUUCACCUUGAUAUUGAUAAACUAUACAUAAAUACAAUACAUACAUACCUAUAUGUAUAUGUACAUGUAUAUGUAUACAUACAUAUAUUUAUGUAUAUGCGAUACGACUUAUACGACACACAUCUGAUACACAUGUCCCAUCCUGGAGCUGCAGCUGCAACCAAAUCAAUUUAUUAAGUUCUUAAGGCUCUGGCACUUGUUCUUGCUCCUUUCGUUUAAUCUUUUACAAAUGUAGCUACGAUAGACAACGAGUCACGAGACACGAGAACGGUAUUAGCAGCACAAGACCAAACGACGGCACAACAACCAAAAUGCAGAGAAUUGAGCCAGCCCCCACAGCACCUUCUCCCCGCGAAGCCUGUCCCCAGUCCCAUCCCCAGUUUUUAAGGGUUGCAAAUUGCAGUUUAUCUGAUACAUUUAUAGUAUAUAUAUUAUUUUUUUUUUCACUAGAAUUAUUAUGUAACUAUAGCCGCAAAACCGCAAAAAAAGAAAGAAGGAAAAACCAAACAUUAGACAUCCAUUUUGAUGAUAUUUUGAUGUGACAGAACCGAACCGAAAGUAAAGUAUUCUAAAGCGUAACGAAUCGAAGAAAAGAUAUUGAGUGUGAACCGCAUUUCCGCAGCAGGGCGAUUACAUAUUCGUCAUAAUAUUUAAUCAGUACGGAUAUUAUACCAAAGUCUUAGGGAGUUUCAAAAACUUGACGAAAUAACAAAAUGAAGAUACAAAA